CAGCGCGGCGUUCCUGAGAUCAACUGUCACGACCUGUUACGACCGGCUUGUUAUUUCCGUUUUGCGCUAACAAGGCUGUGUAUAUUUCAAACAGCAUCUUCCACAUAAACACCGUUUCCUGCAAAGUUGUCAACUGCGCGACCCAGUGCACGCGCUCACCUGCCUAAAAGGUAUGUCUCUAUUUGAUACCAACAACAACAUUCCAUCUGACAUCACCAUGGACUCCCAGAUAACUCUCGUUGACAGCGAUCCUGAUUCCGAACUCGCUCCUCCAGAUCCGGCAUUCGGCGCAACGACGAUUCUGGACUUUGACAACAAUGUGAGGAGAUCGACGAAUGCCACGUUGCGGGGACAAAGUCACAUACGAUACUCUGUUGGAACCGUCAGGACUGGUCUGGCGGGGAUGAGCCGCAAGACCGUUUUCAGCCAGGGAGAGAGGAUACUGGCAACGGUGCAGCGCAGGAAUAUCAUCCCGGAUGUGUUGACGCUGGACGGCUUAACUAUGAGGCUUGGUUGCUGGCUCAAGACGCCUAUAUUCUCAUCGUUUCCUGCGUCGUUCCGCGAGGGGAGAGAGACGUACCGCUGGAAGAAAGGGCGGGACGGGAGAAUCGACUUGCACAAAGGAAGCGGUGCUAACACUAGUACGAUCGCUCGUUUCUAUCCCUCCGAUUUCGUUGUCACGCGCGAUCGGAGAAGGAUAAAGUAUCGUGCUCAUCUGGACUUACGAGCUGAAGCUGAUCUCAUACGCGAAAAGGUGUUCAUAUCGUGUGUGCUGAUUGUGCAGAAGACGAAGAGGAGGGCGAAGGCGAAGGAGCAGGAGCUGGACUUGGUGUCACCUAAUGGUGACCUUGGACUGAUUGUUUUCUAUGCGAUUGCUCCGGUUCUUGGGUUUUGACUAGACGAAACCUGUUUGAAGCGCUACCAUGUUCAUAUGCAAAACUUCUGCGGCGGUCCAACUCCAGUCUUAAAUUAGAUGUAACCUACUAAGUUAACUACACGGACUCUUGCAAGAGAUCAGAUGAAUUAACCGACAAAUAUAUAGAGAAGUCGCGGCAAUCAAUCACUUUUCCUGCU